AUGCUUACGGGGGUAAUCUCUCUCCCUGUUGAAAUCCAACUCAAAAUCUUCUCCUAUCUGCCCUGGGACUCACGGUAUCUCUGCUCCCGAGCAUCAAGAGUUUGGAGAGACAUCCUUCUCACACAUGGUCAGGAUGUCAUCUUCGAUGACACUAAUUUUAUGAAGCUUGAGGGGGUAACCUCAUAUGUCGAUACUGUUAGUCCCACCUGUCCACGCUUCGGCAUCCACAGUGUUUUCGGAGAAAACAUCACUCUAAAAGUUGAUGAUGACAAAAUAAUUGCCUUUUCAAUCAUGGUGGCCGGAGAGGUUCAAUGGAUUAUGGAUUUCGAAAAAUGUUACUUCUUAAAUGAUCUCAUCUUCGAGAAGAUAAACUCGACUCCAGAUGUCAGAUGUCUUAACCUUGACGUCGAAAUAUGGCAGCGGCGGCUGGCCAGGAAGAAAUUGCCCUUUACAGAUGAACCUUGGUUUGGCAGAAUGACAGUUAAAGGGUUUUUUGAGUUUAUUGUGAAUUCGGUUUUCCAGCAAUUUGCAUGCCGACAACAGACAAAUAUUGGGAAAAUUAAGCUGGGAAAUGCAAUGCAGGCAACUUAUUUUAUAGGAAUGCGUGCCCAAUUUGUUGGAGUGUUCACUACUUGA